GCAAUGCAUAACCUAUACGGAGUUCAAACUUUCUUCCUGUGUUUGGAAGACAGCACUGGAGCCUCUUUUGGUGUUUUCCUAAUGAACAGCAAUGCCAUGGAGUUUGUGGUGCAGCCUGCUCCAGCAGUGACCUACAGAACCACUGGUGGGAUCCUUGAUUUCUAUAUCUUCUUGGGUAACAACCCAGAACAAGUAGUCCAGGAAUACCUGAAGUUUGUGGGACUGCCAGCAUUACCCUCCUACUGGAGCCUGGGCUUCCAGCUCAGCCGCUGGAAUUAUGGGUCUCUGGAUGAGGUGAAGAAAGUUGUGGAGAGGAACAGGGCGAUCGGACUCCCUUAUGAUGCUCAGAUCACUGAUAUUGACUAUAUGGAGGAAAAGAAAGAUUUUACUUAUGACAAAGUGAAGUUUCAUGAUCUCCCUAAUUUUGCAGCUUAUAUGCAUGACUAUGGACAAAAAUAUAUUAUCAUAUUGGAUCCUGCUAUUAGCAUACAAAAUCUAGCUGACGGUAGCCCGUAUGGAAGUUAUGUCAGGGGAGAGAGCAAAAAAGUCUGGGUUAAUGAAUCAGAUGGAGUAACAGCAUUACUUGGGGAGGUGUGGCCAGGGGAAACUGUGUUCCCAGACUUCACUAACCCAGACUGCACUAUCUGGUGGGUGGAAGAAUGCAAACUGUUUUAUAAUAUAGUGCCAUAUGAUGGGAUCUGGAUUGAUAUGAAUGAAGUCUCCAACUUCAUUAAGGGCUCAAAAAAUGGUUGUGCGCAGAAUGACUUAAACUAUCCUCCUUUCACUCCCAGUAUUCUUGAUAAGCUCAUGUUUUCCAAGACGCUUUGUAUGGAUGCAGUGCAGAAGUGGGGGAAACAUUAUGAUGUCCACAGUCUUUAUGGAUAUUCCAUGGCCAUAUCAACACAGAAAGUUAUCAAAGCACUGUUUCCUGGAAAACGAAGCUUCCUUAUUUCAAGGUCUACUUUUGUUGGAUCCGGAAACUACACAGGACACUGGCUGGGAGAUAAUGCAGCGACAUGGGAUCACUUGAAAUGGGCAAUACCUGGAAUGCUGGAUUUCAACCUCUUUGGAAUUCCUUAUAUUGGAGCAGAUAUUUGUGGUUUCUUUGACAACACCACAGAAGAACUUUGCAGACGAUGGAUGCAAGUAGGAGCAUUUUACCCAUUUUCUAGGAAUCACAAUUGUGAAGGAUUCAUACCUCAGGAUCCAGCUGUGUUUGGACCUGAUUCAGUCUUGGUGAAAACCUCCAAGUAUUACUUGAACAUUCGCUACACUUUGCUGCCCUACCUGUAUACACUCUUUUAUAAAGCUCAUACUCAAGGAGACACAGUUGUACGUCCAGUUUUGCAUGAGUUCUACUCUGACGAAGUGACGUGGAGUGUCGAUAGGCAGUUCCUGUGGGGUCCUGGGCUGCUUAUUUCCCCUGUACUUGACCCGGGUGUGGACAGGAUUAAAGCAUAUAUUCCUGAUGCAGUAUGGUAUGAGUAUGAUACGGGGGCAAAAAUCUCAGUGAGGAAACAAUGGACCAGUAUGUACCUGCCAGCAGACAAACUGGGACUCCAUUUGAGAGGAGGCUAUAUUUACCCUACUCAACAACCAGCUAACACAACAGUUGCAAGCCGCAAGAAUCCAAUGGGGCUUCUAAUUGCCCUGGAUGACAACAAUGCUGCUUCUGGGGACUUGUUCUGGGAUGAUGGAGAAUCUACAGGUACAGUUGAGAGUAAAGCCUACAUUUACUAUGAGUUUACAGUUUCUAAUAAUGUUCUACAAAUGUCUGCUAUAAACAGCAAUUAUGCUGAUCCAAACAACUUGAAAUUUGAAGAAAUCAAGAUAUUGGGAGCACUCCGGGAAAUAAUAACAGUUACUGUAUCUCAGAACAACGUUGUGGAAAAUUCUCUGCCUAAUAUCACAUAUUACCCUUUAGAAAAGGUUGCUCAUAUAACAGGACUUCAGCUUGAACUGGGGAAAUCUUACACAGUAAAAUGGACUCAAAAACUGAGUGUCAAUGAAAGGUUUAAUUGUUAUCCCAGGCCCAAUCCAACACAAGAAAAAUGUGAACAACUUGGCUGUGUCUGGGAA